AGAGCGAAAUCCACGUAGAAAGACCCACACAAUUAGCAAUCAUCCAGCUCAAAGUUUUAUCCAUCUCCAAAUCCGUUUCAUUCCUUCCUUCUUCCUCGCUGGCGUAUUCAACAACACCUUCCCCAAAUUCAAACCCUAAUCCCAAUUCAAUCAAUUUCAUCAUUCUCAUUAGGGUUUCCAUUUGUCGAUGACGAUGUUGUUGGAGGACGUCAUUCGAUCCAUCGAGCUAUGGCUGCGUCUCUUGAAGAAGCCCCAAUCUCAAACCUACGUCAACCCUGAUCUCGAUCCUGUGUUAUUGGUACCCGGUGUUGGUGGAUCGAUUCUUAAUGCUGUUAAUACCGACGGUAGCCAGGAAAGGGUUUGGGUUCGGUUUUUAUCCGCUGAGUAUAAGCUGAAAACUAAGCUUUGGUCACGUUAUGAUCCUGCUACUGGUAAAACUGUAACGAUGGAUCCAAAAUCGACUAUUGUGGUUCCUGAAGAUAGGCAUGGACUCCAUGCGAUUGAUGUUUUGGAUCCUGAUUUGGUGAUUGGAAGUGAGGCUGUAUAUUAUUUCCAUGACAUGAUAGUUCAAAUGCAAAAUUGGGGGUAUCAAGAGGGGAAGUCACUUUUUGGCUUUGGAUAUGAUUUUCGACAAAGCAAUAGGUUGCAGGAAACAAUGGAUCGGCUUGCUACGAAGUUAGAAUUAAUUUAUAAUGCUUCCGGAGGGAAAAAGAUAAAUCUCAUAAGUCAUUCUAUGGGUGGUCUUUUGGUGAAAUGUUUCUUGUCCCUGCAUAGUGAUAUUUUUGAGAAAUAUGUUAAGAAUUGGAUUGCAAUUGCUGCGCCAUUCCAGGGUGCACCUGGAUGUACCAAUUCUACCUUUUUAAAUGGAAUGUCAUUUGUGGAAGGAUGGGAGCAAAACUUUUUUAUUUCCAAAUGGAGCAUGCACCAGUUGCUGAUUGAAUGUCCAUCGAUAUAUGAACUGAUGGCCUGUCCUAAUUUUGAUUGGCAACACAUUCCUGUUCUGGAAUUGUGGCGUGAGAGACUUCAUUCAGAUGGGAAAUCUCAUGUUAUUCUUGAGUCAUAUCCGCCAUGUGAUACUGUCGAGGUUUUGAAGCAAGCUCUUUUAAACAACAAACUUAAUUAUGAUGGUGAGGAAUUGGAUCUGCCCUUCAACUCAGAGAUUUUGGAAUGGGCAAACAAAACACGGGAGAUUCUAUCUUCUGCCAAACUUCCGCCGGGCAUUAAAUUUUACAAUAUUUAUGGGACCAAUCUUCGGACGCCUCAUAGCAUUUGCUAUGGAAAUGCAAACAAGCCUGUUUCAGAUCUGCACGAGUUACGUUAUUUACAGCCCAGAUUGGUGUGUGUUGAUGGUGAUGGAACAGUUCCAGUAGAGUCAGCUAAGGCUGAUGGCUUCGAUGCGGAGGAAAGGGUUGGAAUCCCAGGGGAGCAUCGAGGAAUUCUUUGUGAGCCUCAUCUAUUCAGGAUUCUCAAGCACUGGCUGAGGGCAGGAGAUCCUGAUCCCUUUUACAAUCCUGUCAAUGAUUAUGUGAUUCUACCCACUGCUUUUGAAAUAGAGAGGCAUACCGAAAAGGGUCUAGUAGUAACAUCCCUUAAAGAGGAAUGGGAAGUUAUUUCCAAUGACCAAGAUGGUCAAAGCAUUACUGGUGAUGAAAUGUCCUUGAGCUCAAUAUCGGUUUCGCAAGAAGGAGCCAAUAAAUCGCAUUCUGAGGCUCAUGCUACUGUCUUUGUUCAUCCUGGCAAUGAUGGUAAACAACACAUUGAACUGAAUGCACUAGCUGUUUCAAUUGAUGCCUCAUGAACCGUUCUGUUGAAGUGCACGUGAACAUGGUGGGAAUACUUGAUGUAUAUUUGUUUGUGGCCAACAUCUCUGUAUAUAUAAGAACAUUCAUAUGAUGCUGCCACCAUAUUCCUCAAUGUUCUAUGCUGUAUAACUUGUCUGUGUCAGUUGUGAUCAAAUAAUAACUUUGUGAAAAGUGGCGUGCUAUUAAUAUUUGUAUCAGCCUAUGUACAAAGUUCAAUGGAAAAAUUAUAUUUAUUUGCUUCACAA